AUGGCCAGAUUUGAGUGUGCGUUGACUUCAGGGAUCUCAACAAUGCGUGUUCGAAAGAUGAAUUCCCCGCCUCCUAUUCCAGAGUUGAUGAUCGAUGCUACCACUGGCAAGGUGAUACCUCCAGUUUCACAAUUUGAAAUUGUGUACAUCCCUCAAAAGACUAUAAAAGGACAAGUGUUAGCAGACUUUUUGGCAUAUCACCCUAUACCUGAUGAUUGGGAGCUAACUGACGAACUACCUUAUGAGGACGCAAUGUUCAUUAACGAUCAACCUCCAUGGAAGAUGUACUUUGAUGGCGCUGCACAUCGCGGAGGAGCUAGUGCUGGUGUAGUAUUUGUCACUUCUCAAGGUGAAGUUCUGCCCUACUCUUUUACGUUGAUGCAACUAUACUCUAACAACGUUACUGAGUAUCAAGCACUAAUACUUGGGCUUGAAAAGGCUGUCGAAAUGAAGUGGUUGCAAUUGCAAAUCCUUGGUGACUCUCACUUAGUGGUCAAUCAGCUUUUAGGUAGUUACAAGGUCAAGAAGCCUAAACUACGCUCAUAUCAUGACUACGCUAAAAAAUUAAUGGGGUGGGUCGGUGACGUGACUAUUCAACAUGUGCCAAGGAAAGAAAACAAGAAGGUUGAUGCUUUAGUUACCCUAGCUUCAUCAUUAACCCUGCCUGAUCAAGUGCAAGUUACUGUCUGCCAAAAAUGGUUGAUAAAGAAGAAUGGCGUCAAACCAUUAUCAACUACUUAUGCUAUGGGAUACUUCAAAAAAAUCUGA